AAGUACUGGGCCCAGCGGUUCCACUACUUCUCCCUCUACGACUGCGGCGUGCGCCUCGACGCGGAGUCGUGGUAUUCCGUGACGCCCGAGAAGGUCGCGGCGUCGAUCGCGCGGCGCGUCGGCGGCGGGCGGGUGGUCAUCGACGCCUUCUGCGGCUGCGGCGGCAACGCCAUCGCGCUCGCGUCCGAGGGCGCGUGGGUCGUCGCCGUCGACGUCGACGCGAGAAAGUUGGACAUGGCGCGGCACAACGCGGCGAUCUACGGCGUCGCGGACCGCAUCGACUUCGUCGCCGCGGACGCGAUC